AUGGCGUCUCACCAGCAGACCAGGAUCCAAGCCUACCUGGAGAAGAAUAAAAUCGGUCCCCUCUUCGAGGAGUUGAUGACCAAGCUGAUAACAGAGACACCUGACCAGCCAAUCCCAUUUCUAAUUGAUCAUCUUCAGUCCAAGCAGGGAAACCGUGGUCAGCUUCAGAGAACAUUGUCUGGAUCUGCUGCCCUCUGGGCAGAGAGUGAAACAUCAGAAAAUAAAGGAGCAAGAAGAGAUUUUAGAAGUUAUGAUAAGCCUUGGCAGGUAAAUGCAAAAAAGCCUAAAAAGUCAAAGAGCGACCUUGCUGUGUCCAACAUUUCUCCACCAUCACCGGAGUCCAAGUCAUUGCCAAGGUCAAUAGAGCAUCCUAAAUGGGAUUGGAAGACAAAACCGGAGAACCAUGAUUUUGAUGAACUAAAUCAUAUUCUUCAAGAGAGCAAAAAGCUUGGAAAAGCCCUUGAGAAUCUGUCUCGCAGCAUUGCUAUUUCUGAUGAACUCGAUAAGGACACAGCAGGUUUUAACACCCCCCUUCUCAGACCUCGUGUGAUUGGAGAAUGGAUUGGCCGUGAAGAGAAUGAUGCAGACCCUCUGGCUGCUGAGAUGCUGCAGCCACCAAUACCAAGAAAUAAAAAUGAGCAGUGGGACAGUGAGGAUAGCAGCAGUCCUGGAGGAAGCUUAAAAAUGGAGCCAAAGACCAAAGGAUUGAAACAUCAACAGCAGCAACAUAAGAAACUGCUGGCUGCCAUGCUUUCUCAGGACUCCUUUGAUUCUGCUCAAAGUACAGCUCCAUCUGUAACGGAAGAAGACAUUGACAAUGAAGACGAUGCAAUGGAACUACUGGAGGAUCUUGAUGAUCUCAGAAUGGAAGGAGUAACAAGUGUGGUGUCUUCUGGGAGCAAAUUCAAUCAAACUCGAAGUGCUCAUACGGCUGAGCCUCAAGCAAAGGUCACAUUGAAUAUUUGUGCAAGAUGUGCCAGAUUGCAAGGGGAUAAUUUGGCAGAAAGGCCAGAAGAUGUCUCCAUGGUAUCUCAGACAUCUGAGCCAGCAGUGUCAGACUCUGAUGCUCAAGUACCUGGGGUUGAAACACUCACAGAAGAUAUUAAUGAGUUUCAGAGUGCUUCUCAAGUGGCAGCAUCUUCUCAGACGGUUUGGACCUUGGAUGCCGUGACUGUCAGACCUGGAGGUUCCCCAAGGCAGAAACUCCUAAAGGACUCCUUAGCAGCAAAAGAACUUCAGACCAUGGAAAAACACCUAGCUGACAUUGAGAAGGACCUCGCACUGUGGGAAGAAGCAAGGCUCUCAAGAAGCCCUGGUGUCCAGCAUCCCAGUGUAGUUACAUCUGACCAUCAAGGCAAUCUUCAAGCUGCACAGGGCCAAACCCCAAGGCCUCAGGUGCCAACUCCGACAGGGAAGAACAUUCAGCUCCAAGGAAACAAAUCACCACCGCUGCCUGCUAACAGCAGAACACAAGUCUCCAGUGUCACAAACAGCAGUGCACAAACCAACAGGCCAUCAGCUCCAGGGAGCAGACCUAUGACCCCAAAUAGCUUGUUGUCACGGCCUCUUACCCCUAGCAACCAAGGAAAUAGGGAAGGCAUUAUUAGCAUGCAAAGAAGCAGAUCUUUGUCAUCUAAGAGCCAAAUGGGGAGGACCCUCAGUGCUGCUUCAGGGCUUUCUGUGCAAGUGAGUGGAGAUGUUGUUGGAACUGUCACUACUCAGAGAAACAGUUUAUCAGAAGAUGAAUUCUUACAACAGCUUCAACUUGUUCAUCAACCUUGGAUAUUGCCGAGUGACACAGAAAGUGAAGUGGAAGCUGACCAAGACAAAUGUUAGUGAAAUCAGUGGGAUUAUUGAAGAACAAUUUAAUAAAAACAAAAUUAUGGUGAUCAAAACUACACCUGAAAAUUUGCAUUAGUUUAUACAUAAAAAAAAAUUAAAUAAAGUUAUUUUUCUAGUAUCAGCA